AUGGCAACAGAUGCUACCAAAACAGCAGCCUUCAAGAAAUUCUACCAGGAAGAAGAUGGCUCUUUACAUUAUAUGAAUUCUAUAAAACAAAGGGAAGGGAUGUCAAGAGAGGAGGUUGCUGGUACUUUUGAUAAAUGGGUUGAAAAGGGGACCUAUAUAGAAGAUGUCAAUGCCUUGAACUAUCAGGGACCUCAGAUGACUGCCAAAGUUGUUGCCGAACUGUUCCAAAAGAAUAGGGAGAAUAUAAGAAUGGUUGAUAUGGCUGCUGGAACUGGAUUACUAUCAGUUGAAUUACGAAAGUAUGGUUUCAUACAAAUAGAUGGAGUAGAUCCCAGUAUAGCAUCAGAAAAAACAGCUAUGGAGAAAAAUCUAUACGGGAGAUACAUUGUGGAGUUUGUAGAUGAAAGACCUCUAAAGAUUAGGACAGAUGAAUAUGACUGUGCAGUAAGCUCUGGUGGCUUUGCUCCUGGAUUGAUGCCAUGUGCAGCUUUACAAGAGUUUAUUCGAGUUGUCAAACCAGGUGGUUUCAUAGUAAUUAGUGCACCUGAAUAUAUCUUUACAUUGGUUGAAGAAUAUAAAGGACGAUUGGAACCUCUCAUGGAAAAAUACAUCGGUCAAGGGAUCAUAGAAAGAGUUUCACGAACUCGUGUUGAGUCAUAUUUGGACAAGAAGCCUGGAGUGAUAUUUGUGUUUCAAGUUCUACAAUCUCGGGUUCCUUAA